AUGCAGCUCUUAGCAACUGUCGCGACAUUUGUGGCUUUCGCCGCGUUUGGCCACUGCCAAUCCAUAACGAAAGUCAACGCCUUCAAAGAUGGUCCCACCAAUCUAGGAAUGGCGAUACAUCAUUGCCAAGGAUCAGCAACAGCGUACUCUACUGAGUCUCACUACAUGCCUUUGGCUGAUUCGCACGGGUUUAUCUUGAUCUAUCCGAACUCUAGAUCAAGUGCAUUGACUCACAAUGGAAGGGGAGACAGCCAGACCAUUGUCAACAUGGUCAAGUAUGCCGUGACCAACUACGGCGGAGAUGCAAACAGGACAUUCGUCACUGGAACCAGUUCUGGCGCGAUGAUGACAAACGUCAUGGUUGGAGCCUACCCCGAUGUAUUCAAAGCAGGAUCCGCCUACUCCGGUGUUCCAGAUGGAUGUUUCUACGUCUCAGGGGCCACUGCUACUCAGGAUCCUCCAGGAUGGUCCAAUUCGUGCGCAAAUGGACAGCUCACUAAAACUGCUCAAGAAUGGGGAGAUUUGGUGCGAUCAUACUACCCAAGCUACACUGGCCCUCGACCAAGGAUGCAAAUCUGGCACGGAACGGCUGAUAACACUCUUCACUAUCCCAACUAUGCCGAAGCUAUGAAAGAAUGGUCAAACGUGCUUGCCUUGACGACGUCUAAGACCGCGUCCAACACGCCUCAAAGUGGCUACACCCAGACUAUCUAUGGAGAUGGUACAUCAGCAACAGCGCAGCUUGUAGGAUACAGUGCAGCAGGGGUUGGUCACACCGUACCAGUACAUGAGUCUAUGGAUCUUGCAUUCCUUGGCAUCACCUCCAUAUUCCUCACAUUCAGCGCAAUCAGCGCAUUUAGCGCAUUUAGCGCAUCCAGCUCAUCCAGCGCGACUAGCGCAGUUGGCGCAGGAUGCCCUACCUAA